GCGCUGCGCCUCGGCGCUUCCCAUUACGUAAUUGACGUCGCUUGUCACAAUCCAGGAAGUGGUUAGAUCGUUCUUGUUUGUGUCCCUGGCUCGCUGUUCCCAUCUGUUUUUUCUGAGUUAAUAAAGCGCUUUCACGGGCCGAAAUGGCGACGUUUAUUUCAGUCCCGUUGAAAAAAUCGUCCGAAGUGGAUCUGGUGAAACCACUGUCGAAAUUCGUAACGUCUACUUACCCGGCGAGCGAGGAUCAGGGAGAGUAUCUCCGCGCCGUGGAGGAGCUCAACAAGCUCCGCAAGAGCGCGCUGGGAAGGCCGCUAGACAAACACGAGAGCUCCCUGGAGAUUUUACUCAGAUAUUAUGAUCAGCUGUGUGCCGUCGAGCCCAAGUUCCCCUUUUCUGAAAACCAGCUCUGCUUAACCUUCACAUGGAAGGAUGCCUUUGAUAAAGGAUCGCUGUUUGGCGGCUCCGUCAAGCUCGCUCUGGCCAGUUUGGGCUAUGAGAAGACGUGUGUGUUGUUCAACGUGGCAGCUCUGGCCAGUCAGAUCGCCUCAGAGCAGAAUCUGGAUAAUGACGAGGGACUGAAGACCUCUGCCAAAUACUAUCAGCUGGCCAGCGGGGCGUUUGGCCACAUCAAGGACACAGUGCUGUCUGCUCUGAACAGGGAGCCCACCAUGGACAUCUCCCCUGAGACUGUAGGCACCCUGAGCCUCAUCAUGCUGGCCCAGGCCCAGGAGGUCUUCUUUCUUAAAGCCACUUCAGAUAAGAUGAAAGACGCUGUCAUCGCUAAGCUGGCCAAUCAGGCGGCAGACUUCUACGGAGAUGCCUUCAAGCAGUGUCAGUAUAAGGACAACCUCCCCAAGUAUUUUUAUUUUCAGGAAGUGCUUCCGGUGCUUGCAGCUAAGCACUGCAUCAUGCAAGCCAAUGCCGAGCUGCAUCAGAGUGUCCUGGCCAAGCAGAAGAAGAGGUUCGGGGAGGAGAUUGCUCGUCUGCAGCACGCAGCAGAGCUGGUUAAGACUGUGGCGUCUCGUUACGACGAGUACGUGAGCGUUAAGGAUCUGACAGACAAGAUCAACCGAUCCCUCACAGCAGCUAAGAAAGACAACGACUUUAUCUACCACGACCGGGUGCCUGAAGUCAAAGACCUCGAGCAAAUCGGCAAAGCAGCGCUGGUCAAACCAACCGCCAUCACACCCCCACUCAGUCAGAAAUUUUCAGACUUGUUUGAGAAGAUGGUUCCCAUGGCCGUGCAGCAGUCCAUGAGCAUUUACAGCCAGAGGAAGGCCGAGACUGUUAACAGACUGGUGGGAACCAUGAGGGAGGCGACUAAUCUCUGCAACGGGGUGUUGGCGUCUCUAAACCUGCCAGCUGCUCUGGAGGAUCUGUCAGGAGACUCCAUCCCACAAUCCAUUGCUGAGAAGGCCAGGAACGUUGUGCAGCACGGAGGACUGCAGAGCAUCGAGCAGCUCAUCAAAGACCUGCCCGAGCUGUUGACCCGCAACAGAGAGAUCCUGGAUGAGUCUCUGAAGAUGCUGGACAAUGAAGAGACGACCGACAACGAGCUGAGGACCAAGUUCAGCCAGCGCUGGAGCAGAACUCCCUCUGGAGACCUCUACAAGCCCCUUCGAAGCGAGGGCGCUAACUUCCGCAACAUCUUGGACAAGGCAGUGCAGGCCGACCAGGUGGUGAGGGACCGCUACAACACCCACUGUGACAUGAUCGCCCUGCUGUGUAAACCAGAGAACGAGCUCAACGCCGCCAUCCCCUCUGCCAACCCGACCAAGACACUACAGGGCAGCGAGGUAGUGAACGUGCUGCGCUCUCUGCUCGCUCAGCUGGAGGAGGUAAAGAAAGAGAGGGAGACUAUCGAGGGAGAGAUCAAGUCCGUGACCUUUGACAUGUCCACCACCUUCCUGACGGCGCUGGCUCAGGAUGGAGCAAUCAAUGAGGAGCAGCUGUCGCUGGGCCAGCUCGACCAGCUGUACGGCAGCUACAACCAGCGAGUGCAGGCCAGCCUCCGCACACAGGAAGAGCUGCUGGGGAAAGUUCAGACGUCCCACCAGGAGUUCAGCAGCCUGAAGCAGUCCAACGCAGACUCCAACCAGAGGGAGGAGGUCCUCAAGAAGCUGGCCUCGGCCCACGACAGCUACAUGGAGAUCAGCAACAACCUGCGCGAGGGCACCAAGUUCUACAACGACCUGACAGAAAUCCUGCUCAAGUUCCAGAACAAAUGCAGCGACAUCGUUUUUGCCCGUAAGACGGAGCGCGAUGAACUCCUCAAGGACCUGCAGCAGAGCAUCGCUCGAGAGCCCAGCGCUCCAGCCUUCAACGUUCCCGCCUAUCAGAGCACUCCCGCUGCCCCCUCCGGCCCCGCCGCCCCGGCUCCUGGACCGACCCCUGCACCCAGAACCGUUUUUCCUGUGCAGCCUCAACAACCCGAGUCAAAGCCCCAGCCCCCAGCCAGGCCACCUCCACCAAGCGUGAUCCCUCAGGCAGCCUCCACCACACCCGCCAGCUCACAACCUGCUGCCGCUCCCACUAACAACCCACCACCCAUGGCACCCCAGGCCCAGGGACCACCUUACCCCACCUACCAAGGCUACCCUGGGUACUACCAGAUGCCUAUGGGCUACAAUCCUUAUGCUUACGGCCAGUACAACAUGCCCAACAUGCCCUACAUGCCCUACCAGACCCCGGGUCAGGGAGGAUACCCAGGAACUGCUCCAGCAGGACAGCCCUACCCAGGCUACCCCCAACAACCCCCUCAGCAACAGCCCUACUACCCUCAGCAAUAACUCUCCUCUUCAUCCCCGUAUUCCUCACAUGUUAACACCAAAUUAAAAAAAGAAAAAAACAUCCCCA